AUGACGACUGGGCCCGAGGCGGCGCGUGAAGUCACCGGGACAAGAUUAGCCCGGAGUCACCUCUGGAGGCCCUUCGCCUCCAAGCUGGGCCGCGGCGUCCCUCCGCUCGGUUCCCCUCCUUCCCAUCCCCACAGGCGUCGGGUCCAGGUCCCCAGUUCCUCCAUCCCCACGGUCUCAGCAUCCCCGCGCCACCCUCCCCGCACCCCGCCACAUCUACCUCCCGACCCUCCCUCGGCACCCGGACCCCAGGACCCAGACCCAUCCCUGCCCCCGACCCUCCACAACUCGGCCCGGCUCUCACCUCGGGGGCUCCGCGGCCGCAGCACAAAAGGCGGCGCUGCUGCAGCUCGGCUCCGGAUGCUGCUCCCGCCUCCUCCUCCUUCUCCUCCUCCUUCCCUCCUCCCCCCGCUGCCCUCGACCGGACCAGGGGCGCUGUCACAGGCGAUGCUCGCCCCCGCCCCGGGCCCCCCGGGACGGACACGCCCUGAACGGGGGAUGCUGCGCUGGAGCCGCGGCCUCUUAAAGGAGCCUGCUGCUGCCAUCAGGCUCGUUCCAGGCUCGUCCCUGGUCGUCCGGGCCCUGCACCUCCCUGCUGGCGGGGACCUGGAGCGAUCCCACCCCCGGCCUUAG